AGGACCGAUUAUUAGGAUUACUAGGGGCGUUUAGAAGACAAUUUAAAGAGAAGAUUGUUCUUCGCAUUUGUUCCAUUUGCAGUAGAUCAGCAAAAAUCUCAUAAUUUUCUCGUAUAAUUUCUUGAAGGUCUACUUCUUCAAUAUUUCCAAAAUGGGUGGUGGCAAAGGAACCGGCAAGGGCAAGGGCGCUGCCAAGAACAAACCCGUGAUCAAGGAUAUGGACAAGCAGGUGGAAGUGAAGAUGAUCGAGAAGCGUACCGACCCCUCAGACGGCAAUGGACCUUUCACCCAUGCCAGUUUCAUUCGCUUCCACGGUCCAGAGAAAGGACAGGAGCUUUGGGAAGAGGGAGGUAGUUUUUAGACCAUUUUAAUUUUUGGAUUCAAACUUUUCAGCUGAGAUAACAUCUUCAGAGAAGAACAGAAGCAGGAUGCUCUCUCUCUCCCUCGACCUCGGUCUGUGAUUUCAACGUUUGAUUUGAGAGUGGACGAUACGACGAAUCAAAAGUCACUUACUCACACCAUGUCGCCCCACGGCCUCUCCUAGUCGACUCGUCCUUCACGUCUUUCAUGCCUGCUCAGAUAUGAUGAUCAUUCCUACCUGUAAUUUCUACCUCCUCUUAGUCUCAGUACUUAUACUACAUAAAAAGACUAGAACUCUUCUCCUACGUAAAAAAAUCUACAACUACAGCUAACAGCGCGGUUAUGGUGGAGGCGAAAAAGAAGGGAAAAGGAAAGGGCAAGAAGAGACCGUCGUCACAACGCGUCGUGAGCCCAGAGCCACAGAGACAAGUGAACAAGAGCCAAGGAAAAAUGAAAAAGACCGAACCAGUUGUGGAAGUCAAGAAGCAGGACGAUACCAAGAAUUAUGAAAAGGAGAUUGAGAUUUUGAUGUAGGAGGUUCAUACUUCAUAGAGGUUCAUACUUCAUACGUGAAGAUGAUCUUUUGAUUUUCUGGCAGUGGAGUAGUACUGUCUAAGACACAAAUGAAUGAACUUUUGAUAUAGCAUAUACUCCUUAUCAGACUAGGCCGGAAUACUGAUGAAUGGUUCCGGUAUUUGGUAACCUGAAUUUGAUCACAAGGAUUCUGUUCUUGUUUUCCCUUAUGAUCAAAAUCAGGCUACCAAAUACCGGAGCCAUACAACUGAGUCCAAGUACUAAGUCAAGACUCAUGAUCCCCGACUUCGUAGUACUAGGAAACCGUUAAUACCAUUCUUGUUGUUUCUGCUUGUUCUGAUUUGAUAUUGAGUGGCUAUUUUUAUUUCUACUUGUUAUUACCCAAACUACUCGACCAGGGAGGGUUGGACAUGAACCGCUGACCAUGACCACACUCGUAUGAUAACCUCCUCUAAGACAAGAGCAAGGGCAAAGGCAAGAAGGGAACCGGAACCAAGGGUGGACAAGAAAAGCGUGUCGAUCCCAGUGACGGAAAUGGACCUUUCACCAAAGGUACUAGACGUCUUUUCAAUUAACACGAUCGCCUUGUCAAUACAGUAGGAAUGAUGAUGAAGAAAUUCUAUUUGCAUCCUCGCCUAUUUUUCUAUUCCGCUUGUUAUAAUGAUCUUACUAGCUAAAAAUUCUAAUUAUAAUCCACCCUUUCCUCGCUUUCAUCUUCCGUAGUUGCUUUUUGAUACUCCAUUCAAUCUUAAUAUUCUUUUAUAACCUCAAUCUACUCCACAGCGUCUUUCUUGUUUCAUCCGAUUCUCCCUCCUAUCCCGCACUGAAUGGUAGCUUCUUUACCUCACAUGAAUAGGUAAAUCUUCAUUCCUCCCUCAUGAAUGGGUAAAUUUACCUCAUGAAUGGUGGCUCCUUUACCGUCAUUCUGUAUACUCUCCACAUCAGCUUCGUUCAUCCGAUUUCAUGGAGAUGACAAGGGUCUCCAAUUGUGGAACCAGGCUGGCAAGGCUGCGGGUGGAGGUAAGGGCGCUCCAGCCAUGAAAAGCGGCUCUCCAGCCAAAAACCCGUUUAACUAGAUGCAGCAGAAGGUUCGAGCUAAGAAGGCGUUUAGCUGGAGAUGCAGAUGAAGGUUCGAGCUAAGAAGGCGUUUAGCUGGAGAUGCAGAUGAAGGUUCGAGCCAAGAAGGCUUUUUUUAACCUCUAGCUUACGUCUGUCAUGCUCCGACAUCAACAUGAUAUGCGAUUUCGUGGAGAAAACAGUGGGAAAAAUGACAAUAACGUCGAAAAAUCCAUGACCACUAGAUUUUUAGAGUAGGAAAAUGUACUUGUACACGUCAAGAAUAUUGAGUUGCUCGUACUAAGGUUAGCGUUCUGUGUACUUGUUUUCACUUAUGUCUGCUGCUGCUCCAAGAAGAGUUAGUAGGGCUCUUUGACUUAUGAUUUUGACUUACUUUCGGUUGCUUCACACCCAUUUAAAAUUUACUUUUGAGAAUAUUUUGAACUUGACUUUCACAAGAGAAGAUACAGAUUGAAGAGGUUGUACCUGAAUUAAGAAUAAGCUAUCACGCUUGAUGAAAAUAUGAUCCAAGAGAUCUUCCCUCUCUAGUUCAACAUGCCGAAUCGUUAGAACUGACUGUGACAUACCCUUGUCUAGAGUAGAUCCCUAGUCUCUAUCUAGUAUCUGAUGCUGCGGAGAAGGGCAGUGACUAUUAUUGUGCAUGAGCGAGGAACUCUUCCUUUUGCUGUGAAAUACAUGUGAGAUGAGAGUUUCAAAAAACGCUGAUCAUGACGGUCGCUAGUACCAUGAUUGAUGUUAAACUUAAAACCCCUGUUGUACCCCAUAAGAUUAAAGAGACAAACAUGAUCAUAAAGUUUGAGUAAGGACUUGUACCUAAAAAGUACUUGGUCAUGCAGUUGAUCAAAGUCAUUGUUCAUGGUGCACCAUGAUAACAAGCUCAGAGAUACAAGAUUCCCCAAAUCAGAACGCGAUCCCGACCGCAAGUUCUCAAAUGAAAGUCUGAUCAACAAUCCAAAACCCGCUUACCUUGUCGCAGGUGAGCCAACUCCU